AUGGCGGACAACGUCACAGAGAACCUCUCCAAGGGAGACACCGUCGAUGUUCCAACCAUCCACCACUCUGAAAGCAAUCAAGCUAGGUCGAGAUGGAAGUCCGUCAAAGCUAUCGACGGUGACACAGCCAUGGCACUUUUUGAUGACCCAGAUGAGUUGCAUGAGGAGAUCGACCCCGCUGAAGCAAGGAAGGUACUUUGGAAGAUUGACUUUAUGGUCCUACCCUAUCUGGCCGUUUGCUAUGCGUUUUUUUACAUUGAUAAGACAACGUUGAGCUAUGCGGCCAUUUUCGGCAUUGAGGAAGAUCUACAACUGCAUGGGACGCAGUACAACUGGCUCAGCAGUCUUUUCUACUUUGGUUUUUUGGCUUGGGCAUUUCCUACCAAUUUCCUGCUGCAGAGGCUUCCGAUUGGAAAAUAUCUAGGUGUCAACAUCUUUAUGUGGGGCGUUUUUCUCAUGAUCCAAGCAGCAUGCAACAGCUUCCGGACCCUCGCCGUCCUCCGAGCCCUAGGGGGAGCCGCAGAAGCGUGCUCCGACCCGGGCUUUAUGUUGAUCACGAGCAUGUGGUACACACGACGCGAACAGCCCGUGCGGUUGGGACUCUGGUACACAGCAAACGGGUUUGGAAUUGCUCUCGGUGGGCUGUUGGGCUAUGGAAUUGGCCAUAUCCGGGGUGCCUUGCCUUCGUGGAAAUACGAAUUUCUCAUCAUUGGUGCCCUUUGUGCUACUUGGGGCAUUGUGAUGUUCAUUUUUCUUCCCGACUCGCCGGUCACGGCAAAAGGUCUCAGCAAGGCGCAGCGUCGAAUUGCUGUUGACCGGUUGAGAGCGAAUCAGACCGGUGUUGAGAAUAAGCACUUGAAGCCAUAUCAGACUCUCGAGGCAUUCAAAGAUUAUAAGCUCUACAUGUUCUUUGUUUUGGGGAUUGUUUGCAAUGUCCCCAAUGGAGGUAUUUCCAAUUUCGGAACCAUCAUCAUCGAAGGCUUCGGAUUCUCAACCUUGGUCACCACUCUUAUGCAGAUUCCAUACGGCAUCAUCAUUGCACUGUCAAUUCUCACAUGUGUUUUCCUCAAUGACCGCUUCGAAAACCGACGUGUUAUCUUCGUGCUUAUAUUCCUUUGUCCAAACAUUGCGGGAGCCUUCGGUCUCCGCUUCGUACCGUUGGAUCAACGUGUUGGUCGACUGAUCUGCUACUAUCUGACGGGACCGUAUAAUGCGGCAUUUGUGUUGGUCUUGAGUAUGCAGAUUGCCAAUACAGCUGGUGUGUACUUCAUUCCACUUGACUAUACUCUUCCAAACAUUCUUCUAAAGCUCUUUCAUAUAGGUCACACCAAGAAGGUCGUCACCAACGCCGUCCUCUUCCUGGGAUAUUGCACGGGCAAUAUCGCCGGUCCAUUCUUCUAUAAAGAUGACCAGAAACCGACCUAUUCGCUCGGUAUCUGGUCGAUGAUCGUCUCACAUCUCAUCGAAGCUUGCCUGAUCACGACGCUCGGACUUCUGCUCCGCUGGGAGAACAAGAAGCGUGACCGCAUUCAGUCUCAGAUGGAGGGUGGCCUCGAAGGACGAGAUUUGGAUUCGACGGCGUUUUUGGAUCUGACGGAUCGUGAGAACCUCAAGUAUGUUAUCUCUUCCGGGCCGUUGUUUUGGUUUGGUGGGUUACGCUGA